UACCAAACAAAUUGACGUCAUCUUUUAUGCUGCUGGCAGAAUAGUGUGUCUCUGAUGUAACCUCGCGUCUCAAAGUAGCGGUCAUCUGAAUGAACAAGGAAGUAACAAGACCAUUUAUUUACUGUACGAGAUGGCCAUCAUUCGUAUGUUGUUCUCUUUCCUGAACAAUCCACGAGUCAUUGAGAAACUAGCGGAGUCUCGUCCUAUCCGACGUGCGGCACAGAUCGCAGCUUUUGCGAUCAUCAAAGCACAAAUCGCUGGGAGGGGUGCAACUGCGAAGGUCCUGAAGUCAGACACACUACGCCAGGUUCGGCAAGAGGCUAACGGCCGGAUUCCCCGAGACGUUGGUGACAUCGGGACCCGGUUCAGAAGAGUGAGGGAGACUUUUGUCAAGGAGUUGAAAGAUGGCUUCAGAGACGCUCAGGGACAAAUAAAGAAAUGAAGAAAUUAAUGUGAAAUAAAAUUCCUGUGAUAGAACUCUGUAUGACAGACAAACAAUCAUGUGAACUAUUGAUAACGUGACUGACAACAUGACCCGUCCCACAACUGUCAA